AUGAGCGAUCGGGCUGCGCGGGGCCGGCGCUACAACUGCCUGAGCCUCAGCGCCCCCCGCCAUGGGCUGCAGAGCCUGGGCAAGGUGCCCACCCGGCGCAUGCCCCCCCCCGCGCACCUGCCGAGCCUGAAGGCCGAGAACAAAGGCAACGACCCCAACGUGGCCCUGGUGCCCCGAGACGGCUCGGGAUGGGCCAGCCGCAGCGACCCCCCCGACCCCCGCAGUUCCGAGCCCUCCGCCCCUCCCCCGCCGCAGUCGCCGUCACCGCCGGAUUCGCAGCCGCCUGCGGGGACCCCGGGGACCCCCGAGAACCCCCCCCCCGCCGCCAAGCGUGGCAAAGUCCUGGCGCAGGCCAGCGGUUCCCCCGCCGAUGGUGCCAGGGCCCCGCCCCUCCCGGGCCGGUUCUCACGGGAGGAGUUCCCCAGUUUGGGGGCGGCCGCCGAGCGGGGGAGGGGCGGCCGCGAGCGGGGGGGGCGCUGCCGACGCGUCGGGUGGGCGCGCACCGAGCCCCCGCCCCCCAGGGUGGGCGCCGCACCGAGCCCCCGCCCCCCAGGUGGCAGCUGGCGGGAGGGGCGCGGGGCCGAGGAGCCGCCGGCCGAAGGGGGGGGAGGAGCCCCCCCCGGCCCCCCCAUUUCCCCCCAUACCGGGGGGGUGGUGCCGCCCUUUAUGUACCCCCCGUACCUGCCCUUCCCGCCGCCCUAUGGGCCCUUCCGGGGCCCCGACGCACAGAGGUUCCCACGGCCGGGGGGUCCCCGGGGGGCUGCGGGGCCCCCUCGGGGGGGGGUCUCCCCCCUGCGCCCCCCGGUGCUGCGCCAGGACGAGCUCAGGGAGUUCGAUGAGCUGGACCAGGAGAACGACGAGGGCUGGGCAGGAGCCCACGAGGAGGUCGAUUACAGCGAGAAGCUGAAGUUCAGCGAUGAGGAGGACGGGCGGGAUGAAGAUGAGGAUGAUGAGGGGAAGGAGAAUGAGCCCCCGGCCCCGCCCAAAGCCGAGGCUCCGCCCCCCGCGAAGGAGGAGCCGCCCCCUCCCAAAGCGCCCCCGGAGGGGCCCAAGGAGGCUCCGCCCACCCCGGCCCCGCCCAGCCGGGCCCCGCCCCCUCCACCGCCCCCGCCCAACCGCGGCAGCUGGGCCACGCCCAACGAGCUUCCGGUGAGUGCUGGGCCACGCCCAACGAGCUUCCGGAUGAAGAUGAGGCCUGGCGCCGGCGCCGCCGGCAGAGCUGUGCCGAGCUCUCCCAGACCGUAUCUCACAGGUACACUAUCUCCCAUUCAGGAUGAAGAUGAGGCCUGGCGCCGGCGCCGGCAGAGCUGUGCCGAGCUGUCGCAGGCCGUGGCACGGGUGUCAGAUGAAGAUGAGGCCUGGCGCCGGCGCCGCCGGCAGAGCUGUGCCGAGCUGUUGCAGGCCGUGGCGCGGGUGUCAGAUGAGGAUGAGGCCUGGCGCCGGCGCCGCCGGCAGAGCUGUGCCGAGCUCUCUCAGGCCAUGGCUGAUGAAGAUGAGGCCUGGCGCCGCCGCCGCCGGCAGAGCUGUGCCGAGCUCUCUCAGGCCGUGGCGCGGGUGUCAGACGAGGACGAGGCCUGGCGCCGGCGCCGCCGGCAGAGCUGUGCCGAGCUGUCGCAGGCCGUGGCGCGGGUGUCAGAUGAAGAUGAGGCCUGGCGCCGGCGCCGCCGGCAGAGCUGUGCCGAGCUGUCUCAGGCCAUGGCUGAUGAGGACGAGGCCUGGCGCCGCCGCCGCCGGCAGAGCUGUGCCGAGCUGUCGCAGGCCGUGGCGCAGGUGUCAGAUGAGGAUGAGGCCUGGCGCCGCCGCCGCCGGCAGAGCUGUGCCGAGCUCUCUCAGGCCGUGGCUGAUGAAGAUGAGGCCUGGCGCCGGCGCCGCCGGCAGAGCUGUGCCGAGCUCUCGCAGGCCGUGGCGCGGGUGUCAGAUGAGGACGAGGCCUGGCGCCGGCGCCGCCGGCAGAGCUGUGCCGAGCUCUCGCAGGCCGUGGCGCGGGUGUCAGAUGAGGACGAGGCCUGGCGCCGCCGCCGCCGGCAGAGCUGUGCCGAGCUGUCGCAGGCCGUGGCGCGGGCGCGGCGCCGCCGCGAGGCCGAGGAGCGCCGCAUGGCCGAGCAGCGCCGCGCCGCCUGCGCCGAGAAGCUCAAGCGCUUGGACGAGAGAUUCGGGGCCCCCCCCAGCGCCGCCCCCCGGCCCCGGCGGCGCCGGGACCCCCCCCCGGCGGCACCGAGACCCCCCCGGGACCCCUCCCCCCACAGCGGGAGCAGGAGGAGGAGGAGCCGGCGCCGCCCCUCCCCCACCCACAGGGGUCCCCGGAACCGCGGGAGGAGAAGGAGAGCGGUGGGGGAGGGGCAGAGCCCCCAGGCCUGGAGGUGCCCCCGGAGCCCCCCGAGGAGCCCCCCCCCGCCCCCCCCGGCCGUGGCCACGCCCCCCAAGGGGGGGGGAGACCCCAAGGGCGAGGGGGGGGCGGCCCCUCCCCCCCGGCAGGCCCCGCCCCCCCCGCCGGCGCAGCCCCCCCAGUACCCAAAGUACCAGAAAUCGCUGCCCCCCCGGUUCCAGCGGCAGCAGCAGGAGCAGCUCCUCAAGCAGCAGCAGUGGCAGCAGCAGCAGCAGCAGCACGGGCCCCCCCGGCCCCGCCCCCGGCCGCCGCCCCCUCCAUCCCUGGGGGCUCUGGGGGCGCCCCCCGCCCCCCCCGGGCCCCCCAAACUCUUUGGGGGCCUGGGGCGCCCCCCGGCCCUGCCCCAGUUGGGCUUCGACCCCCGCUGGGUGAUGCUGCCCCCCCCCCCCUACGUGGACCCCCGGCUGCUGCCCCACCCCCGCGCCCCCCACGUCGACUUCUACCCCCCCGGACCCCCCGGAGUGCCCCCCUCGGGCCUGCUGCCCCGGGGAGCGCUCGGACAGCGGGGGGUGGGGGAGGGGGAGGGGGGGGCUCCCCCUCGGAGCCCUUCGAGCGCCCCCCCCCCGCCGCCGCCCCUCCCCCCCCGGCCCUGCGGGACCGCGGGACCCCCCCCGGGGGGAGGGGGCGGGGCCGACCCCUCCCCCCCCCAGCCCAAACCCUCCUGGGGGGGCGAGGCCUUCGCGGGACCCCCCCCCCCCGAAACGCGGGGGCUGCCCCCGGCCCUGCGCCCCCCCCCCCGGCGACGACGACAGCAAGGGGGCGAAGGAGUGAGACCCCCCCCGUUCGCCUGCGGGACCCCCGGGGGCGCCCCCCCCCCCCUUACGGCUACGCCCCCCCCCUUCGAGAACGGGGGAGGGGCAGGGGGCGCCCCGCCCCUCCCCCGCUUCCCUCCCCCCUCCGCCGCCGACCCCGCCCCGACCACGCCCCCUCCGCCCCCCCCCCGGCCCUGGGAAACCCCGCCCCCUCCGCCCCGGCGGGCGGGGCCCAUCAAGAAAGCCCCGCCCCAAAAGGAGGAGGGGGGGCCUGGGGGGAUGGGCGAGGACCCCUCCCCCAAAGCCCCCCCCAAAGCCAAGCCCAGCCCCUCCCCCACGGCCCCCAAAGACCCCGGGGCGCCCCCGGGGGGGGCGGGGGGCGGUGGGGGAGGGGGGCGGGCUCCUCCCCCUCCCGGCGCCGCUGCCGCGACCCCGCCCCCACGGACCGGGACCGGGACCGGGGGGCUCCGCAGAGGGGGGGGCGCCCCGCGGGGGGGGCGCGGGGAAUUCUUCGCCCGGGGCCGGGGCUUCCGGGGCUCCUACGGGGGGCGGGGCCGGGGGGGGGGCAGGGGGCGGCACCGGGGGGGGCCCCGCAGCCACCGGGGGAGGGGGCGGGGCCCCUCGGGGCCCGGCGCCCCCCCCGCCCCCCCGGGCUCCGAGCCCCGCAGCGAAGGCUCCGAGUACGAGGAGGACCGCCCCCGCCCCCCCCCCACCGGCGGCGCCUGCGCGGCUCCGAGAGCUCGGACGCGGGGGGGGGAGGGGCGGGGGGCGGGGCCGGCAGCCAGACCCCGCCCCCGCCCCACCCCCACCACGCCCCCCCGGGGCUGCCCCCCCGCGCCCCCCCCCGCGGCGGCCGCGUCUUCACCCCCCGGGGGGUCCCGUCCCGGAGGGGGCGGGGCGGGCGGUGGGGGCGGGGCGAGGGCCUGGACCCCGCCCUCCCAGCAGCCCCUCCCCCAAUCCCAGCAGCCCCCGCGCGGGGCGGGGCCGGGGGGCGGGGCGGGCUCGGAGCGCCCCCCCCGGCGGCGGCGGCACGGGCGGGGGGGGCAGCACCAGGACAAACCCCCCCGGUUCCGCCGCCUGCACCGCCAGGAGCCCGGCCCCGCCCCCGGCCCCGCCCCCGCCCCGCCCCCCCGCCCCGGCCCCGCCCUCCCGGCGCGGGCCCCCCCGCUCCCCCCGAGCACAACUCGGACCAAUGGGAAACGGCCUCGGAGAGCUCCGACCUGGGGGGGCGCAGGGGGGGCCCCCCCCGGCCCCGAGCGCGACCCCCCCGCCCCCGGCGGCCCCCCCGCCCAGGGGCCCCGCCCCCUCCCCCCUCCCCGCCCCCUCCCUCGGGAGCGCCCCCUCCCCCAAACGCCCCGCCCAGCCCCCGCCUGGCCAAGCGCAGCUUCUCCAGCCAGCGCCGCUCCGGGGGGGGCGGGGCUCCCGCGGGGGGCCCGCCCCCGGCCCCGCCCCAAAACUCCGCCCCCCCCCAGCAGCAGCCGCAGCAGCACGGGGGGGGCGGGGGCGGCCGCAGCGGGGGGGGCCGGAGCACCAGAGGGGGGGGACGGCAAGAGGGGGUGGCCCUCGCCCCGAAACCGCGGCCGUAACCCCGAGGAGCCCCCGGCCCCUCCCCCCGCCCCCCCCGGCUCGGGCGGGGCCCCCCCGGGGCUGGCGCUGCCCCGCCCCCCCCCUGCCGUGUUCCGCCUGGACCGGGUGGUCCCGAGCGACCCCGGGGGCAUCCGCAGGGCCCUGGCACAGCUGCGACCCCCCCCCCACAAAAGGGGGCACGGCCGGGACCCCCCCCUCGGCACCGGGGCUGCCCCCGGCGGCAG